CGUCCAGUAAACUCGUCCGUGCCAGCGCUGCUCUUUUCCCGUCAUGGCAUCCACCUAGCCCGAUCGCUGCCCAGGGAUCGCCCAUCUGCAGGCUAACUGCUGACUGAACUGUCGACUGGCUGGUCGCCGGUUGCGACCGGACGCCUGCAGGCUUAGAAAGCACCAUCUGUGCGCCUCCACUACCCCAACGGCGCUCCCUCGCUACACCUAUUAUCCACGCCCUUUGUCCCUCCGGGGAGAAGCUACUGUUCGCACCUGCUCAACCAUGGAUCGCCAGCAGCAUGAGCCCGCCCACCGCCCGGCGUCGUCGGCCACGACCACGACGACCACUACUACUACUACUACCACCACUGCUGCGCCACACACAACCACCACCACCACCACCACCCACCAUCCCCCAGCCCAGGGGACUACCCACGUCCAGUCUGGGCCCGACUCGACAACCGUCCUGCACCCUACCGUUACUACCACCAACCGCACAUCGUAUCCUUCUGCCUCUCAAUCACGCGCCUUUCAUGAGCCUCCAGACACGCGGAGAACACGCAGUUCCUCCAUCCGCAUACGAAGGCCCUCACAUCAACCAAGCCUCCAGAGCCUGCAGCCCAUGCAAGAAGCCGCUGCUGCGCCCACUCCUGCCCAAGCGCAAAUGUCGGCCGCCAACGAUGCAUGGCAAGCUGGUCGAAGACGAAGCAGCUCGGAGCCGCGCCCACUCCCGCAGGCCAUGUUCGCCGACGAUGACCUGCGACGCCAGUCGACAAUAGCACAUGGCCAUCUGCAGCCAUUGUACGAAGGUCGCGUCCAGGGCGCGGAUUCUAGUCCUGGCAACGGCUCCCCGGCGCCUCGCGACCGCAACAGCGUGCGAAGAAGUGUCGUUCGCUCAUCUUCGGCAUUCCAUAUACGCCGGAGCCAGAAAACGCAAAAUCAAAACCAAAACAUGAUGGGGGAGAAUGUCAUCGACGUGCUCGAUGUCAUUGACCCUGAGGUAUCUACCCUCACCACUCUGAAUAAUGUGCAGAACUCGCUAUUUCUGCCCAACCUGCCCUGGCUCUACAACCGCCAGCCGACGUACGACCUUGGCCCGUCUUCGUCGUCUGAUUCGGAUGAAGAAAUGGGCGUCGCGAGAGGGCCAGGCGGCGAAGAGGACCCGCUUGCACAAAUGACGCAGCCAGGCGAGGCUGAGCAUGCGCUGCGUGACGACCAUGGCCAGUUGCGACGUCAAAACUCAAUCGACUCGAUUCUGUCCACCAUGGAGGAAGGCCCAGGCCACCACUAUGCCGUGCUACCUCAUGGUGCGUCCUUGCAAGGGUGGUCAGACGAAGAAAAGGCCGCUCUCGAUGACCAUGUGCGCCAUCUGCUUCACUCACGACGCGCAAGAUUCAAGAGGACCAUGAAGGGCUUCGGACGCUAUGUUCGCAAUCCUCUGGGCUUCAUUGUCACUCUGUACUUCUUCCUCAUCACCUUUUGGGGAGCUGCAUGGGUCCUCUUUCUCAUCGGCUGGAUCUAUGUCGGCCACCGACAGGAUUACUUUGUCGAAAUCUGCGACCAGAUCCUUACCGCUCUAUUCUGCGUCGUGGGAAUUACCAUGUUCCCCUUUCGCUUGGUCGACACGUACCACAUGGCUUUUGUCGCUUACUAUGCCCACAAGACUUGGAGACUACGCAAAGAAAGGGGCCUGCAGGAUUUGAAAGACCACAACGAGUUGCCGGUUAUGCCCCGUUCUUCUGCCUGGGAGACUGGGGAAGCCGAGCAGGAAGGUGUAGAGCUGCCAGUCCUGACUGCCGAGGAGCAAACCAAACUCGAACACCACCAGGCAAAACUGGCCAAAUCGCAUACAUUCUACCGCCCCCACGAAACCUAUACCCAUCACGCCUUUUCUAUCAGACUGCUCAUCACCAUCAUUGUCCUGCUCGACUUCCACUCCAUGUUCCAAUGCGCACUGGGUGGCACCACGUGGGGCAUCUACUACAAGGAUCGACCCAAAGAAGUCACUGCCAUUAUCCUCAGCUGCAGUCUUACCUGCAACAUCACGGCCGGCAUCAUCAUUGGGCGAGGCGAUGUGCGCAGCCGCAAGAAGCUCGUCGUGGAGCAGAUGCUGCGCCAGGAAAUGACGGAAGAAGCCCUGAAGAAGUUGCGAAAAGAACGCGGUCUCAAGGCAAAAGGCCUCAUGACGAAGAAGCAGAAGAAGAUGAUGCAAAAAGAAAUGGGCGAGCAACCCAAGAAUCCGCUAGAUACCAUCCUACACCGGGGUUAGACUUUGAUGUCAUUCAUGUUGAUAGUAUUGUUGUCGUCGUUGUUUGUUUGUAUGAAAACGAGAAAAGAUUGUAUGAAACAAGUCUUUGUGUCUCCUGAUGGAUAAGAAUUUCAUACUAUAUACCCUUUUUCUUGUAAAUGGCGCGAUGACGCAGCCAUGGCUUUCCGUUUUUUUUUCCUCUUAAACGAAAGAACCAAGAAAAAUAAUAAUAC